GUAAGCAGUCGGGACGGUUUGGCAACCGAUCCGAUAGCCAGGACCCGGGCAGGUACCCCCUGCGCAUGGCACAAAUCCGGCAUUUGCACGCGCCUGGGUGUUAUGGGCGUCGGGGAAGGUGACUACGAGGUUGCGACUUGCAAGGUAUCCGCAACCAUCGAGGACACCUUGGCGACUGUGCAGACACCUGCGAACGCAGCAAAAGUUGGUUUGCAGGUGGAGCUCGUUCCGAUGGAUGGCGGGGCCAAUCGUGCAUGCCGCGGAGCUACGGUCUUCCAAACGGGGUUGCAUGCUGGACUCUACAACGUCUGGACGGCUCAGAGCUUGGACGAGUGCAAGGCGCUCUGCACUGGUCAAUGCAAAGGCAUCGAGUACCAUGCCGCAGGCAAGUACUGCGAGGUUUGGAAACACGAUAUCCAAAACUCUGCGGAGUUUCCGGGCUCUGAAUGCUAUGCCAGGCCAAACAAGGGUGGCAACAUACCAGCAUCGACCCUGAGCCUCAGUUCCCCGGAUGCGGCGGACCUGGGCUGCCUCAUCAAUCAGCCCACGGGGUGCAUGGCCAUCCAAGACAAGCUCUCUUGCAUCAGCAGCCUGGAUGGCUCCAACACUUCCUUUGCUGGCAUCCACAUUCGAGGACAGCCUUGCGUCUGGUGCGGAGGUGUGCCAUGUACGGACGGAGGUGUGUAUGGAUGUGCUCCGUACAGCCUGCUGUCCAAGGGCAGCGAGGGUGACAACAAGGCUUUCUCGAGCCUCACGGCCGUGGAGACCACCGUGGCGGAGUGCCAUGAUCCUGUGGACUUUGCCCCAGAAGAGCUGGCGUGUCUCAAGACAGCACCUGCCGGCUGCAUGGCCAUCAAGGACUCGAAGGAGUGCACCUCGAGCAAGCAGGGAGCGCAGUACGACUCCAUCGCGGGCUUCAAGGCGAAAGGCCAGCCAUGUGUGUGGUGCGGUGGCGGGGUAUGCAACGAUGGGGCUCCCAACAUGUGUGAGCCGUACGACUAUACCAUGCAUGGUGAAGGAUAUGCGUUCAAAGACAAGUACAACAGUGCCGUUUUCUCCCGAGCGUCCUGCGAUAAGGACAGCAAGCCGGCUCCUGUAGAGCUUCCCUUGGAGCAGUUCACCAAAGGAACGAGCAAGCGUGUGGACUGCGGCCAUCCCUACCCGCUCUGGAAAAAGGUUGGCCAGAGGUGCGGCUUCUGCAAGGUUUUGGUCCCGAACAUCAAGGACGAGUACAAGACCUGCGCCGACUACUGUGCCCAUCAAGGAGGCCUCUCGUGCAAGUCAGCAGCCCUGGGUUCCAUCCGCAGCUGCCUCGUGAAUGGUCAGAAGACCUGCGACUAUGCCUUCAAUGUCUUCGAGCAUGGCGUUUGCCAGUGUGACCCGGUGAAAACUUUCGAGGCCCAGAACGCGGACUUUGCAGCGGCUGUGGCUUUACCUGAUGCGGAUCAGAAGGCAUGCCUGAAACCCGUGGCCAGAGGCUGUGCUUCCAUUCAGGAUAGGCAGAGCUGCCUGAGCAGCAUCGACGCCAGCCCCAUCGACAAGCAGUAUGGUUUCAAAGUCGCAGGGGAAGUUUGCGUCUGGUGCGGUGGGGUGCCUUGCACGUCUCGACAUCCCAACGUCUUCUGCGAAGCCCGAGAUCUGGUGGUGAACGGUGCGGGCUUGGCUUUUGCAACCCGCGGGGUGGAUGCCAGUGCCAUGGUGGUGGCCAGCUGCCAGGGUAGCAAGCCCGCCGUGUUGGCGGAGCCGGAGACGCCGGAUCUCAGCCCGCCGGGGCUCCACAUGCCGGUGGACUGCGGUGUCCCGUAUCCCAUCUGGCGCGGAGUUGGCCGGCAGUGCGGCUUCUGCCGAGUUCAGGUUGCCAAGAAGGCAGCGAGUUCCUACAGGACCUGCGACGCCUACUGCAAAGCCCAAGGAGGUAUCGCCUGUGAGAAGGCCUUCGUUGGCAGCGAGGGCGAUUGCGACACCAAGUCUACGAUCAGUUGUUCUGACACCAUCAGCGAGAUCGAUGCUCUGUGCCAGUGCGCAGCACCGAAGGUGAAGGAGUCCACCGCCAACCUCAAGUACGCGGCAGCACUGCCACGCCCCGCCGAGGCAGACCUUCAGUGCCUGAAAGAAGCGGAAAAUGGCUGCGGAGCCCUCAAGGACAAGGAGACAUGCCUUGGAAGCGUCGACGGAGGCCUCGAGGCUCUUCGGGGCCUCAAGGUCCGCGGAGAGCCGUGUGUUUGGUGCGGCGGUGGGCUUUGCACGGACCACAGCUCUUCCGUCUGCGGCGCUUACGACUUCCUCGCGAACGGCCUGGGCCUGGCUCGCGGCUCAGCGACGAGCGCGCCGGCUUCUGUUUCAGAGGUUGCGACCUGCAAGAAGAAGGAGCCGGAAGAGGACAUGGUUCUUGGAGCCGCACCGCCCGUGCCGGCCGCCAAGACCGGGGCUGCCGGUCCCAGCGCCGAGUGCUCGAGCCACGCCAAGUGCGCCAAGCUGGAGGGCGCUUGCUGCCCCAACGCCGCAGGGGUCUUCCUCGACUGCUGCAACAGCCUCGAGCCGCUGCCAGCGGCGCCAGCGGGGCCAGCGAGCCUUGAGGCUCCGCCCGCUCCGACGGCGGUGACGGCGGUUGUCGUGCCGCACGUGGUCGUCCCCAAGGAGCUUCCGAAGCUGACCUACAUGGAUGAGAUGCCGGAGCAUCCUGCCCAAGCACCUGGGCCGAGAGAGGUCACGCUUGGUUCCAUGGCUCCUGGCUGGAAGCCUCCACGUCCAUCCCAGGAGGAGCUGCAGUGCAUGCUCCCAGAACCGAAGGGAUGCAGUGCAAUUCGACACAAGCUGAUGUGCAUCAGCCGCGUCGACGGCCGCAGCGGAAUGAAAGAUCACGGCUUCAACGUGGGGGGCGAGCCCUGCGUUUGGUGCGGCGGAGGGCCCUGCAACUCCGCCAGCGACGCACUCUGCGAGCCGUACGACUGGCUCAUGAACGGCGAGGGCAAGGCCUUCGACAUCCUCAAUGCGGCGCAUUGGCUCGUGGCCAAGUGCCAGGAUGACCGCAACGCGGUCUUCGACGAUCUCUCUUGCUUGAAGCGCUCGACGGUCGGAUGCAACAACAUCCACGACCAGGGCGAGUGCCUGGCCUCCGUGGACGCCCGGCCCUACGAGGAGGUGGCGGGCUUCAAGGCGCGGCACCAGCCCUGCGUCUGGUGCGGCGGCGGGAGCUGCCACUCCAACAACGACAACGCCUGCGAGCCCUAUGACUUCGUCAUGAAUGGUGCAGGCCAAGCCUUUGAUUACACCUACGCCCAGAACACCUACCUGGUGGCCGAGUGCGAGGCCGGGCACGUGAAACCGCACAGCUACCCGGCCGCCCACAUCGAGCGCGGCCUGCCGGCACCGGUGCAGUGUGGGGAGUCCACGAAAACCUGGGACUCCGUCGGCAAAGUCUGCGGCAAAUGCGAUGUCACGGUGCCGAACAUCAACGCGACCUUCGUGACCUGCGAUAAGUACUGUGAAGCUCACGGUCUCCAGUGUGAAAGUUCAAACCGGGCCUUCACGCACAGCUGCGAAGUGCAGACUUCUGAGUACAUCUAUAACUGUAAACACGCCUUCGAGAUGGGCGACUUUGCCCGCUGCCAGUGCUCCAAGGAGGCGUCGCCAGCUGCGAAGGCAGGGCCCAUGCUCCUGCCGGCGGCCCCGUACGGGCAAUGCGGCGGAAAGCUCUGGAAGGGAACCACUGGUUGCCAGGCCGCAAGCCACUGCACCGUCAUCAACGAGUGGUACAGUCAGUGCCUUCCCGGUGACCUGUCGAACCCGGACCAAGCGGCCGCGGCAGCGCAGGUCGCGGCGCAGGUGCAGGGCAAGCCCAUCGAGGACCAGGCGGACUACGCAGGGGACGCUGCCGCGAAGGCAGCUGCUGCGGCCGGCAUGGCCGUCCAGACCCAGGCGACGAGAGCCUACGUGGGCUCUGCAGGAACCGGCUAUAAGGGUGGCAUGGACAAGCAGCAGGCGAACGCGGUCGGAUCCGAUGCUGCAAAAGCGGCGGUGAGUGGGGCAGGUGUCACCGGAGACGAGGCCGCGACGAUCGCACAGGAGGCCAUCGAGGAUGGAAAGGUGAUCGUUUUUGGAGACGAGACCGAGAAAAAUGCGGUGGCCGUGGCAGCCCAGACGGCAUCCCAGUUGGCCAAGGACAAUGGCAAAUCUGCACAGGAGCAGUGCAGCGACGCCUACAAGGCGGCUGCCAAGAUGAGCCAGGUGCAAGGCGACGUGUCGGUGGCCAAAGUCGCUGGCAAGUGGGCCAGCGCCGAGGCCGCCAAGGCCGGCCUCAGCCCGAAAGACCGGGUGGACUGCGUGGUGAAGGCCGCGCAGGCCCAUGCGAGAGAGUCUGGCCUCGAGCCUUCGAAGAUUGCGGAUGCCAUGCACGAUGCCGGCAUCGCCGCGGGCAAGAGCACGCAGAUCCCACGGGACCAGGUCGAUGGCACAGUCUCGGACAGCAUGAAGGACACGGAAGUGGGGCCUGCGAGCAAGCUGCCGAUCCCCGACGAGCUCUACGACAAGUGCCACAGCGCCGGCCAGAAGGAGGCCGAGAGCUCGGAGGCUGCGAGCCAAGCCGCCAUGGUGGCCACGCAGCUCGGCAAGACCUGGGGCCUUUCCGCCGCCGACACGGGAGAGUCGGCCAGGAAGUGCGCCUACGAGGCUGCUGAGACCGCGAAAGCCACGGUGGUCCAGGCAACGGCAGCAGGUGAGGCUGCAAGGAGCACUGCAGACUCGGCCGUCACCGGUCCUUCGCAUGGUGUGGAUCUGAAGCCCCAGCCGCUGCAACAUACCGGAAAGGAUUGCUGGUAUGCCUGCUCCCAGAGGAACGGCCUCUGCGCCUACUGUGGGAUUGGCAACGCCUGCUGCAAGAGGGGCGGCAUCGAAGAAACAGCAAAAGAAUGCGAGGAUAUCACGACCUUCGUCACGGAUCACCACGAGUGUGUGGUUCCAGUCCACCAGCCCUCUGACUUGAAGGAUGUUGGAGAGGCGGUGGCCAAGGCAGUGGCGGCGGCUGGCUCCGGCUCCAGCGCAGCUGGCUCCCCUGCCACGGUCAUCGUGCCAGCAGGCCAUGCGGGCGCUGGUGGCGUGGUGGUGGCCGGUGGUUCAAUCACCGCGGCCGGUGCUGCAAGCACCGCGUCUGGCAGUUCAAGCAAAUCAAGCCCUGCGGCUGGCAAUGCAGAUGGCACUGUCAUGGUUCCAUCUGGCCAUGCGGGCUCUGCCGGCGUGGUGUCCGAAGAGGAUGCAUCGAAAAUUCUCCCUCCGACUGUGCCCCCGGUAGCGACGAGCACUGCACCGGCUGUAGAUCUCACCACAGCAGAACUUGUAACUUUGGCUCCCCUCACCACAGCUACCACGCCCACGACUACACCAACAACCACGCCCACCAUGCCAGCCACGACACUUGCCACCACUCCCACGACCGUUCCAGUGACUUUGGCCACCACGGCUGUGCCAGAGUCCACAUCUGCAAUUCUGAAGCCCGGCGGUGCCCUAAGCACAGUCCCUCUUGCAACUACCUCGGCACCGGCUACGGCACCUCCUGCCACUACGGCCAAUGUCACGCUGCCUGUGGCGUCGGAUGUUGCUACUCUGCCUCCGAUCGUGCUUGGGACAACGGGGGCGCCAGAAGAGGAAGAGGCCAUCUUGCCCUCUCCGAUCCCUCCGUCGAUCAAGGUGGGGCUUCACGUGGCAGAGGAGGAGAAGGAGCGGAAGGCCGACGUGAAGUCCGAGGCGAUUGCGGCAGCAGCCACCACGGGCGCCUACGCGGUGGGACACGAGGACUCGCAGGACCACGCCAAGGACAUGGCGACGAAGGUCGCCACGUAUGUCUUCCAUAAAGAUGGAGGGCAAGCUAUCAAUGAGGCCAAGAUUUCGGCGGAGCAGGCCGUGAAGGCCGCCAUGGAUGCCGAGGGCGGCAAAUUCGUGACCCGUGGGCGUUUGAUUAACCAGUUCAAGGACUGCUGGGAGGAGUGUGGCAAGAAGCCUGGCUACUGUGACUCUUUCUGCGGACAGGGCAACGCUUGCUGCCGCAAGACCGGUGACUCCGUCGUCCCUGAUGAAUGCACAAAGGUGUACACCUUCUACACCCCACAUUACGAGUGCAUUGUGCCCACGGUGCCCUAUACGCCUGCGUCUGUGCUCCCAGCAGUACCAAGAGUAAAGGCCAAGGAAGGUGGGGACGACACGAGCGAAGUUGCGGUGACGGAUGAGACAGUCAAGGAGACUCCUGCUCCCAGCGACGGCUUCCCUCUCUGGGCCUGGAUCUUGAUUGCCUUCACCCUCGUCGCCAUCUGCGUGAGUGGCAUUGCAGGUUGGGAGCUCUCCAAGAACCACGAGAGUCGUGCCGGCACCCUGAAGGUUUCUCGCGAUGCCCAGGUCUCGGAGCCCGAGGGUUUGAGCCCUCAGAGUGCGGGAGACCUGGAGCUGCAGGCUCCGCUGGUUCCCAGGCCCGGCAUGGCCAUGGCCAUGGCUGGGCCCGUCCCCGUCGCGGGUGCCUCUUUGGCCUCGAUGCCCAUGGCAGCAUCCUACCAGGUGGCACCUCCAGCAGUGUAUCAGUACGUUCCGUAUGUGGCCGGAACUUCCCAAGGCGUCUACCCAACAGGACAGCCGGCGACCCACGUGGCAACGGCAGGAGCGUCUCGAUGUGUCUCCGCUCAGGACUUCUUCGAUCGGCUGGACGCGAACCACGACGGCAUCCUGCAAAGAGAGGAGUGGGACAGGGCCGUGCAGGCCGGCUCUGUGGCCGUGUCUUACCCUGCCGGCGCUUCUGCAGCUCUCUCCUCGAGACAGUAG